AUGAACUACAACAAUGGAUCAGGUGGAAACGGAAAUGGAAACGGAGGCGGCAGCUCAAACAGCACCACACCCUCGCCAUAUUCUCUAGCCGCGGCAGCGCAGACGCUAGCCAGCAGCGCCCUGGGCACCACCACCAGCACCAACACCGGAAGUGGUGGGAGUGGCAGUACCGGCAGCAGCGGCAGUGGCAGCGGAGGAGGCUCGCCCUUCAACCCCUUCGCCUACUUCAUGAUGAAACCGGANACCACACCCUCGCCAUAUUCUCUAGCCGCGGCAGCGCAGACGCUAGCCAGCAGCGCCCUGGGCACCACCACCAGCACCAACACCGGAAGUGGUGGGAGUGGCAGUACCGGCAGCAGCGGCAGUGGCAGCGGAGGAGGCUCGCCCUUCAACCCCUUCGCCUACUUCAUGAUGAAACCGGAGACGAUGGCAAAGCUGUCGCCGCCGCAGAUUGUCUAG